UCCACCUUCUGCGGGGCCGUACCGAGCCAGGCUAGGCUGGGCUGGGCUGGGCUGGGCCGGGCCGAAGCGGGCAGGGCGGUGGCGGCGGCAGCGGCGGCAGCUUCCGGAGUGGAGCUGAAGGCAGUGCUGCCAGUGCCUGGCCAUGAUGCCCUUUGGAGGGAUGGCUGCCCGUCUACAGAGAGACCGCCUGAGAGCCGAGGGGCUUGGUCAGCACAACAACGCCAUCAAGUACCUCAACCAGGACUAUGAGGCCCUCAAGCAGCAAUGCAUUGAGAGCGGCACCCUCUUCAGAGAUCCCCAGUUCCCCGCUGGCCCCACUGCCCUUGGAUUCAAGGAGCUGGGGCCUCAUUCCAGCAAGACACGGGGGGUGGAGUGGAAGCGUCCAUCAGAAUUAGUGGAUGACCCUCAGUUCAUCGUUGGUGGUGCAACCCGGACGGACAUCUGCCAGGGGGCUCUGGGUGACUGCUGGCUGCUGGCUGCCAUUGGCUCCCUCACGCUCAAUGAGGAGCUUCUGCACCGCGUGGUGCCCCACGGACAGAGUUUCCAGGAGGACUAUGCUGGUAUCUUCCACUUCCAGAUCUGGCAAUUUGGUGAGUGGGUGGAUGUGGUGGUGGAUGACCAACUGCCAACCAAGGAUGGGGAGCUCCUGUUUGUCCACUCAGCGGAGUGCACUGAGUUCUGGAGUGCUCUGCUGGAGAAGGCCUACGCCAAGCUGAAUGGCUGCUACGAGUCACUCUCGGGGGGCAGCACCACCGAAGGCUUCGAGGACUUCACGGGCGGCGUGGCAGAGAUGUACGACCUGAAACGACCGCCACGCAACAUGGGCCACAUCAUCCGCAAGGCGCUGGAGAGGGGGUCCCUGCUGGGCUGCUCCAUCGACAUCACAAGCGCCUUUGAUAUGGAAGCAGUGACCUUCAAGAAGCUGGUGAAGGGCCAUGCCUAUUCUGUCACAGCCUUCAGAGACGUGAACUACCGGGGUCAGCAGGAACAACUCAUCCGCAUCAGGAAUCCCUGGGGUCAGGUGGAGUGGACUGGAGCCUGGAGUGAUGGCUCCUCUGAAUGGGACAACAUUGACCCUGGUGAAAGGGAAGAGCUGCAGCUGAAGAUGGAGGAUGGAGAGUUCUGGAUGUCUUUCCGGGACUUCAUGAGGGAGUUCUCCAGGCUGGAGAUCUGCAACCUGACCCCCGAUGCCCUCACCAAGGACGAGCUCAGCAGGUGGCACACACAGGUGUUCGAGGGCACGUGGCGCCGGGGAAGCACUGCUGGGGGCUGCAGGAAUCACCCAGCCACAUUCUGGAUCAACCCCCAGUUCAAGAUCAAGUUGCUGGAAGAAGAUGAUGACCCUGGGGAUGAUGAGGUGGCCUGCAGCUUCCUGGUGGCUCUGAUGCAGAAGCACCGGCGGCGGGAGCGGCGGGUGGGAGGUGACAUGCACACCAUCGGCUUUGCUGUCUAUGAGGUUCCUGAGGAGGCCCAGGGCACCCAGAACGUGCACUUGAAGAAGGACUUCUUCCUGCGAAACCAGUCACGGGCACGCUCUGAGACCUUCAUCAACCUGCGGGAGGUGAGCAACCAGAUCCGUCUGCCCCCCGGCGAGUACAUCGUCGUGCCCUCCACCUUCGAGCCACACAAGGAGGCCGACUUUGUCCUGCGGGUCUUCACCGAGAAGCAGUCUGACACAGCGGAGCUGGAUGAGGAGAUCUCAGCAGACCUGGCAGAUGAGGAGGAAAUAACUGAGGACGACAUAGAAGAUGGCUUCAAGAACAUGUUCCAGCAGCUGGCAGGGGAGGACAUGGAAAUCAGCGUCUUUGAGCUCCGGACUAUUCUGAACAGAGUCAUUGCUAGACACAAAGACCUGAAGACAGAUGGGUUCAGUGUGGACUCCUGCCGCAACAUGGUCAACCUGAUGGAUAAAGAUGGCAGUGCCCGCCUAGGGCUGGUGGAAUUCCAGAUCCUGUGGAACAAGAUCCGGAGCUGGCUGACGAUCUUCCGCCAGCACGACCUGGAUAAGUCUGGCACCAUGAGCUCCUAUGAGAUGCGCAUGGCUCUGGAGUCUGCGGGUUUCAAGCUGAACAACAAGCUGCAUCAGGUGGUGGUGGCCCGCUAUGCAGAUGAUAACAUGGGCGUGGAUUUUGACAACUUUGUCUGCUGCCUUGUGAAGCUGGAGGCCAUGUUCAGGUUCUUCCGCAGUAUGGACCCUGACGGCACUGGGACCGCUGUCAUGAACCUCGCUGAGUGGCUGCUGCUGACAAUGUGUGGCUAGGAGCCAUGACAGACCUGCUGCAGCUGGGACACCCCAACGGGCCAGGCCCCCUCCAAGUGCCUCCCCUUGGAUCUGUGGACACCGGAUACUCUUCCCUUUGCUCCAUUCCAUGCUGAGCCACCAGCCCUGCCUCCCAGGAAGCCUCACACCACCUUCUCCAGUGGACCAGGGGUCAAGGCAGGCAGGGGAUUCCCUUCUCCUCUUCUGGGCUGGGCUUCUUUCCACUCCCCCCUCCUCUCUCCCACCCCAGAACAGGAGGAGUGCAAGCAUCGUGGUACCUGUGAAUCCUUGCGCAAUAGCAGGCUGGGGGCCAGCUUCAGAGCAGGGAGAGGCAGGAAUUGCACGGAGAUGAGGGGGAGGACACUCAUAUUGCUUGCUCUAGUGCUGUCCCAUGCUCUCUGGCACACAUUGUCUAUCCCUGCACCCACACUUGGGAGCAUCAGCAGAUACUGCCUUGCUCAGGCAGCAGGUUCCUGGGGGAGCCAUCAUGGCCUUCUGGGAGGAGGAAUGGCCAUACUCUAUUUCUUGAAGCCCUUGCACUGUACUUAUCACCACUAAGCGCGACCAAAGCGUGGAGCCCACAGGCUCUUUCUGCGUGGCCUUCAACACAUCCCUCCCACCUCCAUGCUCCUGCCCAUGCCCACCACUGGAUCAAAUCCUACAACUCAAGCACUGAAUGUUUUGGGGCCCCCUCACCAUACGAACACAUGCCACCUUGUAGUGCCGCAGCAGAAGCUCCUCUUUUCCACAUGGUUACAGCAGCCUGGCCUCCCUUCCCAUCCCUGGGAGCUCCUGGGACAUCUGCUACCCUUGGUCAUGGCCCACAGCAGGGCUGGGGGGCACAGCACCCAAGAGGAAAUGCCUUCCUCCAGAGAGGAGGGGUGGUGGUUUGGGGGGGGGGCAUCUUCUUCUGCACACAGUUGGGUUUUUUCUCCCAAUCCAUCAUCGUCCCACACUGUUACACUCUCCUCUUCCCUUGGGCUCCUUUGCCAAGUGCGGGUGGACUCCAGUGCCAACAUAUUUGCACUUCUCUGUGCUCCUCACUCCCCUCACCUUCUGGGGCAAUGGGGUGGCUCCAGCUUGGUGGUGGGCAAGGUGCCCUGUAGAGGCAGGCAGGCAGUUAUAGCUUCCCCAGACCCCUGUUGUCACUGGAGGAUGCGCCUGCAGCAAUAACUACUGCUGCCUGCCCGGCAGCUCUGCUUCGUCACCCCGCUCACUGUGUACUCCAGAAAUAAACAGAUCUGUUAGAU